AUGCCCCCCAGACCGCCAGCCUCGUCCUCGUCCUCGUCCUCUCCCUCGCCCUCACCCUCACCCUUGCCCUCGCCUCGGCCGACUAGCUUCCCCUACACUAUAGCCUCCUUUGACUACCCACACGCCUCGACAUCUCCCCGCCCCGCCCCUCGUACAGGGACUACCGGCGGUGGUAGUACUACCAGCACGGCUCGGAAUGACCUAGGCUACCCCCUCGCACCACCACCACCACUACCACCACCACUACCACCACCACCCGAGCCCCUCCUCCCACUCUCCACCCGCAACGACCGAGCAUCACGACAACGACGACGACGACAACAACGACGAGACCGCUUUCUUUCACCCGAACCAAGACUUUUGCCAUCCAUGCGGCCUCCCACGGCGCACCCAAACCGCCCCCGUGCCAUGCCAAGCCUGCGCAAUCUCCGUCGCUCCCACGCCCGCUCUCGGGACGACCAGUUGACUGCAGACAUGGACGCUGUGCCCGACUUUGCCAGCCUACUGAACGAUAUGCCCGCCAACGAUCCUUUGGCUCCCUCCCACUCACAAUCACUGCCACUGCCACAACCAAGCCACCGUCCUCGUAGCCCAACCGUCCAGAUCAACAGCGAGCGUCGUAGCAAACGGAGAAAAUUGCAGCACGACACGCACGAAAAGAAUGAAUACACUUGCUACAAGUAUGGCUACAGAGGCCAGGUGGUACCGGGACGUCUGCGCAUGGACAUUGUUAGCUGUGACGGCGGAGAACACCGCAAGGACAACACGCCCGGCCUGUAUAGGGUACAGAACGUGCUGCGCAACGACAAGAGCGUCUACUGCAGCGAGAGUUCGCAAUGCAACCUAUUGCUAAAGCACAUGGGCGAAGCCCCUUUUGCGCUCGAGAAAGUGGUCAUUCGAGCGCCCGAUCGUGGCUUCAACGCUCCUGUUCAAGAAGGACUCAUCUUCGUUUCCAUGUCCGCAGACGAGUUGCUGUCUAGCACGGCCGCCUAUUGCAUGCAAUAUCGAUCGCAGUCUCCUCUCAGAUCGCCUUCCCCACUCUCUCACAGCGAAGACGACGUCUCGGGUGAGGAACCGUUGUUGCUGAGAGAAGCUAUGAAUGAUUCGCGAAUCUGGCAGCAGAUGAGUCAGGCACACCAGGCCACCCGAAUGGACACAUCGGACAGUCUGGAGAGUCUUCAACGUCGCAGCGACGAACUGCUCCGAGCCGUUUCCUGGUUGAGUAAUUCCGACAGAUUGGAUCAGCUUGCAUUCGAUCAUCUCACUCGCCCAGAGCGCCAACAACGCCCCCAUUCUGACUCCGAGCGACGACGGAUUCUGCGCCAGAUGGUCGAGCACGAAGAGGAACAGGAUGCCGACAACUGCGAUCAUGCUGCCGACGAGCCUUACAACAAUGCCUUGGGACUCUCUGCGCCCACGCCACCCCCUUUUACCGUCACGACAGCGACAGAAGAAGACGAGUCGGAUUCGAACGAGGAAAUGCCAAGUGCUGCCGUUGCGCAAGAUCGCCGACGAAGAGAAAGUCGCUGGCAGCCAGAGAGUGAUGAAGAGGAAGACGAGUAUAUGACGCGUAUCGGACGGCUUCAUCGCGUCCAAGCUCUCGAUUACACCGCGUACGACGAAUGGCGAGAAAGGCGUGAAAACGGCAUCCUUGAACCGAUUCGGCCCGCUCGCGUUGCGACCCCGAGCCGAAUUGCGAUUACAGAGACUCCGUCUCCUGCCGAUGGUCUGAUUCCUCCUCACGCGAGGUUCUUUAUUGCGAAGAACAAGAAUAAGAUUACCAUCAAAUUCACGCCUGCCAUUUCGGGAAAACAUGUGUUGCUUAAACUCUGGAGUCCAAAACACGACGGCAAUAUUGAUAUUGAAAGUGUGCAAUUCCACGGCUAUUCGGGCCCACGAUUCUUUCCAGCCACUCAGCCGCGAUAG